CGUUUAGUCUCGUCUUCAAGCGAUGCCGAGAUAAUGAGUGAUUCGGGCUUUGAUUCCGGUUUCCAAGAGUUUGUGGCAAACAUUGAUCCGAAAGAAAGCGAUUCGACGAAUGAUAACACAAACGAUAGUCAGAAAUACGGGACGAGUGGUGAAGAGGUCGGACUCGCAGUGACGGCACACAGCGAUAUGAUAGGCCUGGAGGGGUUGGUGGCCGCCUGUGCGAGCGGUGCCACGCAUUUAGCGGUUCCCAAAGGGUCUGAGUUCGAGGACGUUGACGACGCGGCCAGCGAUGUGAGCGAUCUGUCGUGUAUGAGCUGUCUGUCGGACAUGAGUGGCCAGCAAUGGAAGCCCAUCUCAGGACCCGUGGCGUGGAUUCACAAACAGAUGUGCAGCGGAACCGAUCCGAGGACUAUACUGACCGAAAUGGUUGCCGACAAUACACUUAUUCCCAACAAUUUAGACAAUUUGACGCUUUGGAGGAUUAUUGUGAAUAUGUUGUCCGAACCGCCGCCGCGACGCAAACUGUCCGCAGUUAACACUUUGGAUGAUUGCAUUCAACUCAUCAAAAAAAGCAAUCGCAUACUAGUGCUGACCGGCGCCGGGGUGUCCGUCUCGUGCGGAAUACCCGACUUUAGGUCUCGGGACGGCAUUUACGCGCGUUUAAGCAAAGAUUUUCCCGAUUUACCCGACCCUCAGGCCAUGUUUGACAUUCAUUACUUCCGCAAAGAUCCGCGACCUUUCUUUAAGUUUGCAAAAUGUCCGCAAUGUCCCGACGAUCCCGAGAAUAUGGCUGUCAUUAAACCGGAUAUCGUGUUCUUCGGCGAGGGUUUAUCGGAUGAGUUCCACUCAGCGAUGUCUCGGGACAAAGACGAGUGCGAUUUGAUGAUAGUUAUGGGCUCAUCACUCAAAGUACGUCCGGUGGCACUCAUACCCAGUUCUAUACCCGAAACGGUUCCGCAAAUCCUAAUAAAUAGAGAGCCUUUGAAUCAUUUGACUUUUGACGUGGAGUUGUUGGGCGAUUGCGAUGUUAUUGUAAAGCAAUUGUGUGACAGGUAUUACACCGUUUGUGUUACUCUUUGCCAGAAUUGGGUAUUGGGCGCCGAAUGGGUCGACUACUGUCAAGGGUUUGGCUCAGCGGACAAAUCGAUUGAAUCAAAAAAAUCAGAUGACUUUAGUAUUGAAGUGAACAAUAAUACGAGUCAACAAAUAAGCUCUUCUUUGCCUUUUGCUUUCAAUACUACUGUCAAUGAGUUGAGAGUUACAGAUCAUAACACAUGCCAUCAAAACGAUAAUAAAUACAAACCCAGCGAUGACUUAAACCCGGAUUCCACUCAAUCAGAGACACCCAAACCCAGUGACGAUAGAUUUGUUUCCCAUUUGACCGACGACAAAUACAUACAUUUCCCUCCGAGUCGUUAUAUAUUCAAAGGCGCGGAAGUGUUUGACAGCGACUUAAGUACUCAUAAGACUGCCGGAGACGUGAGCGAAGACGACAGCUCUUCUACGAGCAGUUCUCUGUCGACGAACGCGUGUUCGUCGUCCUCGCCGUCGUCUUCAUCGUCAUCAUCGCUGUCCACAUCCGACUCACUCUUAUCUCCGGUUAACUCCAAUAGUAAUAACUUUACCGAUGCGUCGGAAACGACGAAAAAUUGUUAUUCAUAUUCUCCGACAUUAUCUCCAAAAUUUUCAAUACCUUCUGAACACGAAAUUUCUAAAACAUAAUGUUUUGGUAAUUAGUAUUUUUCGACAUUUUUAGUAUAACUUUUUAUUUGCUAUUUAUUAUGUUU